AUGUAUACUAAAGACUUCUAAGAUAUUGACUCAAAACGUGUUAAGGAAAGACUUGUAGAAAGUGCCUAUGAUAAAGUUUAAAUUUGGAGGAAAAUUUUCGUUGAAGGUUUGAUCAAUGAAAAAGGAGAAAAGCAAUAUUAUACUUUAAAUGAGGCUGCUAAUUUUGUUGGCAUUCCUAAAAAGACUUUAGAAGAUUAUACUUAAAUCUUUCAUAAAGUUGGAUUAAUUGCAUCUCUUUUUGAUUUUUAAGGAAAGAAGAUGGGAUUUUUGAGGCACUUUAUAAGAAAAAACAAAUCGAAAAUAAGAAAAGCUUUAAUAGCUGAAAGAUUAACAUAAUAUGAAAGGAAACGUGAAAAAUUACUUUAAAAAAAACAAGCAUAGUGUUCAAACUUUCUUGAAGAAUUUUCAUCAACAAAAGAUACAGAAUCAAUUUUUGAAAAGAUUUCAGAUAAUAAUAUAUAUAAUUUUGAGUCAGAGGAAUUAGAUGUUUACUAAGAAAGUCGUGUCUUUUUGCCAUUAUUAAAAUUUUGA